GAGCGGCGGCGGCGCGGCGGGGCCGGAGCGGGGCCUGUGUAGAGACCGGGCCGGGAGCGAGCGGGGGCGGAGCGGGGCCGGCGUGGGGACAAAGCGGUGACACAGCAGUGACAGAGCGGUGACACGGCGGCGACUGAGGGGUGACCGAACAGCCGCAGCCAUGUCGAUCAUGUCCUACAACGGCGGGGCCGUCAUGGCCAUGAGGGGCCGGGGCUGCGUGGCCAUCGCCGCGGACCGGCGCUUCGGCGUGCAGGCGCAGACCGUGACCACGGACUUCCAGAAGAUUUUCCCCAUGGGCCAGAGGCUCUACAUCGGCCUGGCCGGGCUGGCCACGGACGUGCAGACCGUGGCCCAGAGGCUGAAGUUUAGGCUGAACCUCUACGAGCUGAAGGAGGGGAGGCAAAUCAAGCCCCAGACCUUCAUGAGCAUGGUGUCCAACCUGCUUUACGAGAGGAGGUUUGGUCCCUACUACACGGAGCCGGUGAUCGCGGGGCUGGACCCGCUCAGCCACGAGCCCUUCAUCUGCUCCCUGGACCUCAUCGGCUGCCCCAUGGUCACCGAUGACUUCGUGGUCAGCGGCACCUGCUCCGAGCAGAUGUAUGGGAUGUGCGAGUCCCUGUGGGAGCCCGACAUGGAGCCUGAGCACCUCUUCGAGACCAUCUCACAGGCCAUGCUCAAUGCGGUGGACAGAGACGCCAUCUCCGGCAUGGGCGUGGUGGUGCAUGUCAUAGAGAAAGACAAGAUCACCACCAGGACCCUGAAGGCUCGCAUGGAUUAGCCCAGCCCAGCUGCUCUGUGCCACUCGGGACUUUUUAAAAUAAAAUUCUGCCCUGAA